AGGAGAUCAUCUCCUGCCACCACUCCAUCGUCCAUCCCUCCCCAAGCUCCCACAAGAAGACCCCUAGCUGUCCCUCACUCUCUCUCCUACAGGCUACAGCUACUCUACUCGAAGGGCAUGAAGAGCAGGAAGGGCUACGGGCAGCAGCAGGGCCACCUGCUGAGCCCGGUGGGCAGCCCGCCGUCGGACAACGAGUCCGGCGCGGCGGCGGCGGCUGCUGCUGCCUGGUGCGGGAGCAGCGCGGGGUACUGCGGCGGCGACUCGCCGGCCAAGGAGCAGGACCGGUUCCUUCCGAUCGCGAACGUGUCGCGCAUCAUGAAGCGGUCGCUGCCGGCGAACGCCAAGAUCUCCAAGGAGGCGAAGGAGACGGUGCAGGAGUGCGUGUCGGAGUUCAUCAGCUUCGUCACCGGCGAGGCCUCCGACAAGUGCCAGCGCGAGAAGCGCAAGACCAUCAACGGCGACGACCUGCUCUGGGCCAUGACCACGCUGGGGUUCGAGGCCUACGUCGGCCCGCUCAAGUCCUACCUCAACCGCUACCGCGAGGCCGAGGGCGAGAAGGCCGCGGUGCUCGGCGGCGCUGGCGCGCGGCACGGCGACGGAGGCGGCGGCGUCGCGGACGACGGCGCCGACAUGCUCGGUGCGGGAGGAGGGGCCGCCGCAGCCGGUAUUGACCGCGCGGGCGGCCACGACGCCGGCGGCGGCGGAUCCGCGGACGUCGGGCUCAUGAUGGGGGUCAGCGUCGGGUUCGGCGCGGGCGGCGGGACGUCGUACUACGCGGCGGCGGCAGGGAAGGCGUACGGCGCCGGGGACGGGUCGAAGGUGGUGGAGUUCGACGGUGACGAGGAGAACGGCGGCGGCAUGCAGAGGGGGUUCGGCGGCCACCUACACGGCGCCGUGCAAUGGUGAACGGCGUAGAAGCUAGGUGUAGAAGACAACACACCGACACAGAUGCACGCAUAGUGCUGUACUGCUGCUUAGUAACUGGAUUCGCGUACUAAUUAUUGUUGCCUAGUUUCUGCUUCUCUCAUCAAAUGUUUAGGAAGUCGAUUUGGAUUUGAAUUCGAAAGAUUUCUCUUCACACAGAACGGAAGAAAUUAGCUA